AUGUCGUUUUCCGACUUCAGCUCGCUCCGCGGCGCGUUGGGAGAAGAGAAAGCGCCGGGGACUCCCCGGAGAGCGGACGCUGCCUUCGAAUGCCGCAUGAUUGGCUGGAGCCCCCGCCCUCCGCCGUGGGAUGGAGAAGAUUUGACGGUCUUCGCCGAGCCGAAGCAGGACAGCGGCGCCACCGCUGCAGCCGCGAGGCCGUCUAUAAUGAGCCGACGUCCCGCCACGGCGGCGGCGAUCCGCAACUUCAAGCUGAAGCUGCGGAUUUUCCCCAACCGCGGGCGGGAUGAUUCUUCCGCCGCAUCUUCUCCUUCAGCAGCAGUUGUGGUUUCUCCAGCGGCGGCGACCCCUGCUUCCGCCGGCGCUCUCACGACCACUAAUAAGAGUCCCAGCGGCCGCCGUUGGAGUCCCGGUACGGUUUUCGCCGCUUCCCCGCGGGCGUCCCGUUCAGAAGGAAACGUCGUGCCACCGGAAGGAUCCAGCGAGGGCGUCCCGUCGCCAAGUCGUAUCAAGCCGCGCAACAGUCUGAGUUUGUUGAGAGGGGUGGCGGGAUCCGCUGGCGCCGGCGCCACUGGCAGCGGGGCAAUUCCGAAGUCUUGGUGGCGGGAACCAGCAACGGGAGGUGCGGCAGGAGGUGCGGCAGGAGGUGCGGCAGGAGGUGCAGCGGGAGUUAGAAUGCUGCCGAUUGGAGAGGCGGAAAGGCGAGAAGGGGGAUGGGAGAAACGAGUGGAUGGAAUGGAGGGGGAAGGUGGAACGGAGGAGGAAGGACGAAUGGAGUCAUUGCGCAUGUGUAGCUUAAGUAGCGGCGUGGGGGUGGCUUGUGAGUUGACUCAAAAGUCAACCGAGUCAUGGCGCAUGUGCAGCUUGAGUAGCGGCGUGGGGGUGAUUGAAGGAGAGGCGUUGACCUGUACUCUAGCAGAUGCUGGGGAGGAAAGUGCAGAGGAAAGGGGGGAAGGUGGGAAGGAAAGGGAGGGAGGUAGGAGCAGGAGGAGGAGCAUCAGCUGA